CUAAGAGUAACUGCCACACUGCUCUGACACACCAUAGUCCUCAAGUGACUUGAACAUGGAUUUACUACAUGUAUUGCAGACUAACAUUUUGUCCAUAAUAAUGGCCAUAGUGGUUAUUAUUUUACUUUGGAAGUACAUGGGGAAACAGAGCAGCUAUGGACAUUUGCCACCGGGUCCUUCACUGAUUCCUCUUCUUGGUAACUUGUUACAAAUUGAUAUGAAACGACCGGACAAGUCCUUCAUGGAGCUCAGUAAGAAAUAUGGCUCAGUGUUUACUGUGUGGCUGGGCCCCAAACCUGUAGUGGUGGUCUCUGGCUAUCAGGCCAUCAAGGAAGCUCUGGUAGACCAAGGAGAAGAGUUCAAUGGAAGAGCCAACCCUGCCAUUACCCUGAAACUCCUUAACGAACACGGGGUGGGAUCAAGUAAUGGGCAGAGAUGGGAAACUCUUCGCAGCUUCUCCUUGAUGUCCCUGAAAAACCAAGGAAUAGGAUGCAGGAGCCUUGAGGAGAUAGUCCAAGAGGAAGCUAAGAGUCUAGUGAAAGCCUUCAGUGAAUAUGGAGAUUCCACUGUCAACCCCAAAGAACUCCUGUUCCAUUCUAUCAUCAACCUAUUCUGGUCCAUAGUCUUUGGGCGCAGAUUUGAAUACAACGACCCAGAGUUUCAUAUCCUCUACAAGCCUGUCUAUACAUACUUCGACAUGCUAAAAAGCAAAGUGUCAAUGCUGUACAACAUUUCCCCCAGAAUUGUUGAGUGCUUUCCAGGAAAACACCAUGAGCUGUUUAAGGCCAUAGACAAGGCCAAAGCUUACAUACGAGAGGAAGCAGAUCGUCGUCUUAAAAGCCUGGACACCUCUAACCCCCAGGACUACUUCGAUGUAUUCCUGGUUAGAAUGCUGGAGGAGAAAGAUCAGCCCGGGACUGAAUUCAACUAUGACAACUUGUUUCCGUGUGUGUGGGAUCUGUUUGCUGCCGGCACAGAGACCCAGUCCUCCACCCUGUCACACGCCUGUCUGAUGAUGAUCAAGUACCCUGACAUCCAAGAGAAAGUUCAAGAGGAGAUAGACGAGGUGAUUGGCUCGAACAGAGUCCCCACCGUUGACGACAGACAGAAGAUGCCCUACACGAAUGCCGUCAUCCACGAAAUCCAGAGAAGUAUGAGUCUUGCUCCCACUGCUGUCCCUCACCAAAUGACCCGAGACACAACGUUCCACAACUACCACAUCCCAAAGGGUACCACAGUGUUUCCACUGUUGUCCUCUGUGCUGUUUGACCCCAAACUGUUUAAGAACCCAGAUGAGUUUGACCCAGAGAACUUCCUGGAUGAAAAUGGACGCUUUAAGGAAAACAACGGAUUUCUUGCUUUUGGACUGGGGAAGCGGUCCUGCCUGGGAGAUGGAAUGGGGAUUCCCAGGAUGGUACUCUUCCUGUUCUUUAUUUCCCUUCUUCAGCACUUCACCUUCAGGGGCACCAAACCUCCGGAGGAAAUUGACGCCAGUGUAGUAUCCUACUUCGUUGGUCGCCUGGCGCGCCCCUACACCUGCUAUGUCAAACUCAGGACACCAAAUAUUUAAUUGAUCAAACAGCUUUUAAUCUUGAUGAAAUUCAAUGUGAUUUAUUUUCUGAAUAAGGAGUCUCAACAGCAAAGUUGUCAUGUCAUGUUAUUAGAUACAAAAAACAAUAGACAAAUACUUAAACUGGCAGAUUAAUUUAAUUUAAAUUACUUGUGAAAAAUAACAAACAUGUACAUGAAAAGUGAAUAAAGGUAGUGUCCAUUCAUGUCACAGUCUUAUACAGUAUGUGAGAUUUACUGCUGAUCGUUCUACUGUAAUCUCCCUGUGAUGAUAACAUAUUCACACAGAGUUAAAUAUAAUUUGAGUCUCAGUGAACCCAGUUUACCUGUUGACAGGUAUAUAGAACAUGUGGAAUCAAGUCAGAAGGACAUGUCUGUUUAUGUAACACGUUCCACCCCUGCCACAAUGGACCCAAUGUAUUAUGGGUCCAGGGUGACAGUAAAGUACUAACUCACUGCAUGGUUCUAACGUAGACAUCCACUGAAUCCACCUCCCUCACGGCACAGCACAACUCUAACACAUACUACAUGUAGCAAUGCUAACUAACCAUUUUCUAUUGAAAAGUCCAUGUCUGACAUAAGCAGUUUUACAAAAUGUUUUGUAAUGUUGGCCUAAGAAAUUCCAAAGGCUACAUGUGCUGUUGCCAAAGGUAUACUAUACAAGAAGAUAUUUGUGAAGUGCAACGCUCAGUUUGUGAAUGCUGUUUCAGGGGUUGUGAGGUUCAGCCAAGCCACUUUGGAAAUGAAGAUAAUAGCACGCACGCGCGCGCACACACACACACACACACACACACACACACACACA